AUCGAAACACAACUUUAGCUUUUACAAACCGAUCCGGAAUUGUAAGUGAGGCUUGCUGCGAUCUAUUCCUGUCCCUCAUGGCCCGGCCUCACUUGUGCAAGCCUAUAUAUAGACUUGCUCCCCACAUGCCUCGUGCUAAUCUUGUAUUGAUUCUCUAGUUGCUCCCGACACCGCCUCCUGACUACUUCGCGGCUUCUCCGGCGGCAUUAAUACACAAGAACUCCCCAGGGCAGCAACUCUCCUGAAUCUUGACGGCUUAUUUGGAGUUUGAUUGCGCUUCCUCGUCUCUCCCCGACGCUCAGUACCCCGCACACGAAAUCAUAAUGGCUGACGAGGGCGCUUCCCCGCGUGAGCUGGUUGUGGAGGCCUGUCGGCGCGACCAGCCUCACCUGAUAGAACAGGUGCUUGAAGGCAUGACGGACAAGUCAAACGAAGAGGUGGCCGAGUUCUUCAACGGGGUGACGGAUUCCAUGGGCAACCAUGCUCUACACAUCUGCGCCUCAUACGGAAGCUAUGACACCAUGGACACUCUCUUCGACAUUCAGUACUUCGAAUGUGACCCCCUGACCCGCCUCGACAAAGAUACCCCGCUGCACGUCGCAGUCCGCUAUGCCAACGAGAAGGAUGCCGAGUUAGGGCUGGAGAUGGUCAGGAUGAUGUGCGACGCCGGUUGCGACCCGCGGGUCCGGAAUAAGCACGGCCAGAAGCCCACGGAGCUCGUCUACAAUAACCCCGAGAUCAAGUCGGUCCUGCAGCAAGCUGAGUACGUGAUGGCCGAGGGACUCCGGGAGGAUGCGGAUAGUGGUUCCGUGCACGACAGUGCCAGCGACAGCGAGUAAAUAUGUAAUAGCGAAACACACCACCCUGUAUAGCGAUUUUCUUAAUUCAUAUAGAUGUAUGCAAGCGAUGUUCACCUUUUCAGUUUGGGAAUGUUUGUCUGUGUUUUCGGAAUUGCAUAAAUUGUGUAACUACGUGGCUGAAUGCAGGGUCGACACUGUGUGACGUGCAGACAGGGAUGCCGCUGCAGUUUCGUGGUUUGCAUGGAGUGUAGAAAUGCAAGUGAGACCGCAUCUUGCAGAAACUUCAUCCCGCCUUCCGAGUCGGAUAUACGUAGUAGCAGGAAGCACCUUUAGAGCUUAAACAUAUGGC